UAAUUGUUUUCUUCUUUUCCACUAUAUAUAACUAGUAAUAAUGUAGUAUUUUAUUCAUAUCAUACCCUUUUUCUUCAUCUUCUUCUUCCUUUUUACCUGGUUCUUGAGCUAGAUUUAAGCCCAUCUUAGAGUUCGGAUCAGACCCUUUUUCUUUCUGUCUGUGUGUGUUAGUGUGUGAAAAAGAAGCUGAUAUAUACACUGUGUGUGUAUAUAUAUGUGUAUGUGUGUGUAUUAGGUCUGACCCACUUCUUCUUUUUCUUGAUCUGUUUCUUCUUUGUCUGAAAAGUUGGCUAAAUUUUGGGGUUGGAAAAUAUACAUGUAUGUGUAGUUAUACUUGCCGUGGAGUUGGAGUUUUGAAAAUCUUUUGGGUCUUUUUUGUUUCUCUUGAGAUCUCUGAAGAAGAUAUGGAGUUCUGUUCUCUCUUACAGCCCUUUUAGCAGCAGUCGGAUUCGCAUUCCAACUGGUGUAUAAAUUAUUCGGAGAAGAAUUGUAACGUAGAGGAUCAAGAAACCAAGUAUAUAGUUUUGUGGGUUGCCUCCUGGCUACCACUCAGUUUGCUCAAUGUCGUUCCGCAGUAUAGCUAGGGAUAUAAGAGAGAGCUUUGGGAGCUUAUCACGUCGGAGUUUUGAUGUGAGGCUGACAGGCCAUUACAGGGGAAAAUCACACGGUUCAUCUCUUGAGUUGAAUGACCAGUCUUUAGUAAUUCAGAAUAGUCAAUGGGCUAAUCUCCCUUCGGAGUUACUUUUUGAUGUAAUUAGAAGGUUGGAAGAGAGCGAGAGUGCAUGGCCUGCCAGGAAGCAUGUAGUUGCAUGUGCUGCCGUUUGCCGUUCUUGGAGGAGCAUGUGCAAGGAAAUUGUUAAAAGUCCAGAAUUUUGUGGAAAACUCACUUUUCCAGUUUCCUUGAAGCAGCCAGGCAAUCGGGAUGGAACUAUUCAGUGCUUCAUAAAGAGGGACAAAUCUAACUUAACCUACCAUCUUUUUUUGUGUCUUAGUCCUGCAUUACUGGUUGAAAAUGGGAAGUUUCUUCUCUCUGCAAAAAGAACCCGUAGAACUACUUGCACAGAGUAUGUUAUAUCAAUGGAUGCAGACAACAUUUCCAGAUCGAGCAGCACAUAUAUCGGAAAACUGAGAUCGAACUUUCUCGGAACAAAAUUUAUAGUAUACGACACACAACCUCCACAUACAUGUUCGCACAUCCCACCUCCUGGGAGAACAAGCCGGAGAUUCUAUUCCAAGAAAGUCUCUCCAAAGGUACCAACCGGGAGUUAUAACAUAGCCCAGAUCACAUACGAGCUCAAUGUGCUCGGGACACGGGGCCCUCGGAGGAUGCAUUGUGUUAUGCGCUCAAUCCCCACCUCAUCGCUCGAACCCGGUGGAGUGGUGCCUGGACAACCGGAACUCAUCCCAAGAUCCCUCGAAGACUCAUUCCGGAGCAUCUCCUUCUCCAAGUCUCUUGAUCGCUCCACCGAAUUCAGCAGCUCAAGAUUUUCUGACAUUAUCGGGCUGUCAAACGAAGACGGAGAGGGCGACACUAAAACAAGGCCGUUGGUUCUCAAGAACAAGGCCCCUCGAUGGCACGAACAGUUACAGUGCUGGUGCCUGAACUUCCGAGGACGGGUGACAGUUGCAUCCGUCAAGAACUUCCAGCUGAUCGCCGCCAACCAACCCCCUGCCCCUAGCGCUCCAACACCGUCGCAGCCGACGACAUCUCAACCAACAACUCAGUCAGACCAUGACAAAGUCAUUCUCCAAUUCGGUAAGGUUGGCAAAGACAUGUUCACGAUGGACUAUCGAUACCCUCUUUCGGCCUUUCAGGCAUUCGCAAUCUGCUUGAGCAGCUUUGACACCAAAUUGGCAUGUGAAUAGAGACAAGAACUGCUGACUUGCUGUCUAACUGAACUACAUAAGAUAGGAACUCAGUUGCCUGUAGUUUUUUACAUUGUAUAUCUUCAUAUUCUUGUCUAGUAAAGAUUGAGUUGUUAGUUCUGCUGUACAACUCUCAUCACAAUUUCUUUGGGUUCAAACAACAAACUAUUGGAUUUCUGGUUUUCUUCAA